AUGGCCUUCAAACUCGAUCCAUGUGCGAUUCGGCAGGGCCCCGACUUUUUGCAGCGGUGCGCGGUCGGCCUGCUGGCCGCAGCGACCGCCGUGAUGCCCCUCAUGGCCUUUGAGGCGCCCCCGGCAUAUGCGAAGCUGACUGCAGGCGACGGCGUCAAGAAUGCAUCUGCUAUUCUGCGCAACGCACUGCCCAUCAACAACAAGCCCAUACGCCAGGCACAGAGGGCCCUGGAGGCGAUUAGCGAGGAGCUGCGCGUGCCCGGCUCGAAGUCCCUGGGGCCGAUUGCGCGCUCCCUGCGCACGGCCCAGAGCGCCAUCAGCAGUGGCCGCGACAAGAUCGUGGCCGAUUUCGCGCCCUCCAAGAGGGCUGAGGGCCAGGCUGCUCUGGCUAAGCUGGAGGCCUCCCUGGUUGAGUUCAACGCCAUCAUCGACGCCAAGGACAAGCAGCUGGUGCCCAUCAAGCAGCGGGAGUGCCUGGAGUACGUGGGGCAGGUGGAGGAGGCGAUGGUGUCGGGCCUCACCUUUGAGGUGCCCAAGGAGUACGCUGACAGGCCCCUGCUCAAGGGCCGCGCCACGCUGGAGAUGAAGGUGGACAUCCGUGAGACACCCGAGGGGCCCAUUUCCCCAACCCUGACCAUUGUUCUUGAUGGCUACAACGCACCCGUGUCAGCCGGCCAGUUCCUGGACCUGGUGCAGCGCGGCUUUUACAAUGGGAUGGAGAUCCAGCGCUCUGAUGGCUUCGUGGUGCAGACUGGGGACCCUGAUGGCCCUGCGACCGGGUUUGUGGACCCCGACACGGGCAAGCUGCGCAUUGUCCCCAUGGAGAUCCGUGUGGAGGGCGACAAGGAGCCGGUGUACGACCUCAACCUGGAGGACUUGGGUCGCUACAACGAGACACCAGUGCUGCCCUUCAACGCAUACGGCACGCUGGCCUGGGCCCGCGCGGAGUUUGACAACAACAGUGCCAGCAGCCAGGUUUUCUUCCUGCUCAAGGAGAGUGAGCUGACCCCCACUGGCGCCAACCUGCUUGACGGCCGCUAUGCGGUCUUCGGGUACGUGGUGCAGAACCAGGACACCCUGGGCCUCAUGAAGGUGGGCGACAAGAUCGAGUUCAUCAAGGUGGUCAAGGGGGCCGAAAACCUCGUCAACGGUGCCAAGCCCAAGCAGCAGAAGGCGCCGCAGCUCGAGGCUGCCGUAGCAGAGGUGGCGGAGGCAGCGGUUGUUGACAGCUAG